UUUUCCUUUCUUAAAUCUUUCAGCCAAAAUCAUAUAAUCUAUCUAAAGAAUGAAAAGUUGGAUUAUACUGCUGGCUAUUAUAGUCAGCACAGAAGAAACACAAAAACAGGAUAUCUGUACCCGAGGGUAUCCUGGCAUUCCUGGCAAUCCUGGACACAAUGGCAUACCUGGACGUGAUGGACGUGACGGCUUAAAAGGCGACAAGGGAGAUACAGGAGAAGCAGGGCUUCCUGGAUCUCCAGGGAAAGAUGGUGCAAAUGGAGAGAAAGGAGAACGAGGAACCAAUGGGACUGUUGAAGAGAAGGGGAACAAAGGAGAAAAAGGAGAAAGAGGACGACCUGGGAAACUUGGACCAAAAGGAAUUACAGGGUCAGUGGGUUACAAAGGUCAGAAGGGAGAACUCGGACUGCAGGGGCAAAAGGGAUUAAAAGGAGACAUUGGGCCCAUAGGUCCAAAAGGGACAAAGGGUGAAAUCGGCCAUCCUGGAAGAACUGGUUUGCCAGGGCCUGUUGGCCCAGUUGGUAACCCAGGUCCUAAAGGUAAUACUGGUGAUUUGGGGCCGCAGGGUAAUCCAGGAGUUCAGGGGGAAAGGGGUUUGAAAGGGGACAGAGGAGAUAAAGGAAACGUUGGUGCCACCCCAGUCCUGCCAAGAAGUGCUUUCAGUGUAGGCCUUACAGUCGCCACCAAAUUUCCCCCUUCUAAUCGCCCCAUCCAGUUCGACAAGGUGCUGUAUAACGGUCUAAAUGACUAUAACCCAACUACUGGCAAAUUCACCUGCAAGUAUUCUGGUGUUUACUACUUCACCUAUCACAUCACCGUCUACUCAAGGAAUGUCAGAGUAGCUCUAGUGAAAAAUGGGAUCAAGCUGCUGCACACUGUGGACAGAUACCAAGGCUCUGAGGACCAGGCCUCUGGAGCUACCAUCCUGGAACUCCAGAGCGGAGAUGAGGUGUGGCUGCAGGCUCACCCAGGAGAAGCUUUUAAUGGGCUGUUUGCUGACGCGGAUGACGACACAACCUUCACUGGAUUCCUACUAUUUAGUAACUCCGACAUGCUGGAGUCACUGCCGUUAUCUGCAACGUAA